CAUCCAUCCAGCAAACGAAGAAGAAGCCGAUUCCACCAGUGACGUUCCCGAGCCUUGAUGACGACAGCGGGGAAGAAUGGCAAACGCGGGAAAUGAAAUCGCGUUUAAAAAGGAGACUAUUGCCAAACUGUUGACUCGCUCUUUUAAGGAGGACAAAACCAAAGUAAGUAGUGAUGCUGUCAUCCUCGUGACAGAGAUGCUGAAGGUGUUUGUUGAAGAGGCGACGCGCAGAGCUGUUAAACAGGCCAGCAUUGAAGACUGCGACACCGUCGAUAUUGAGCACUUUGAGAAGAUUCUGCCACAAUUGCUUCUUGACUUCUAGUCUCGCUGUGGAGACACCAGCAGAUGGCGACGCUACCCAGUUCUGCUAAACACUCAUCCUGGACUUCACUUUUGCAUAUUUACAGAAUUAUUUUGACUGUGUGUAUGUAUUAAAUGUAUGACUAAUAAAAUGCUUCAAUCUGUCA